AUGUCCACUCCACCGAUUCCAAUAGGAGGCCGGUCCCAGAGGAGCCGCUCUGUCGCUCGAUCACCCCGUAGCAACUCUUAUAUCCCAAGUUCGCCAAUAGCACACCAGUCUAUAGAGCGGGAUCUUGCAGAGUGCUCCGAUGUCGAAGACGAAGUCGAAACCGGAAGUCCUGAGUCUUCGGAAGAUCGUAGCUCAAAAGAGGAACCCUCUGACGCCUCAACUCUGCUACCAGGUGCUACCCAACAUGCAAUGGCCAGCUCGUACCGCCGAUCGAGUUUUGUGGCGUUUGGUGGAACGAGACCAACCAUCGCCGCGCCCCACGCUGCGGAAACGCAGUAUCUGACCAAAAGCGAGUCGAAGGACCUAAUAAACGAGGAGCGAAGUCUAUUGAGGGACAAUCAUCUUGCGCCGCCCAAAAACCCAGAACCGCCGAGUGAAAGAAGCGCAUUGAAUCGGGCAUAUAGACGAGUGUUUAGCACAAAAGUGCCAGAAAAGAAGACAGAUCCAGAAAGUAGCCCGACAACACCUCUGUUCGCGGCAGAACCCUCCGAAACAUCAUCUUUACUUCCUCAGCCAAUAGCUCAAGAGUCCCAUAGAACUCGCGACGAACGAUUAAACCAACAAUGGGAGGCUGCUGUGGCCGCAGGCAAGAUCAAGACCACAUGGCAGCGAGAAGCGAAGACGAUCAUCAAAUACUCAUGUCCCCUAGUGGUGACAUUUAUAUUGCAGUAUUCUCUCACAGUUGCGAGUAUAUUUACCGUCGGGCAUCUGGGCACCAUCGAGCUGGGCGCCGUUAGUCUGGCCAGCAUGACGGCGAAUAUCACCGGAUAUGCUAUAUACCAGGGCCUUGCGACGAGUCUGGAUACUCUAUGUGCGCAAGCUUACGGCUCGGGAAAGAGGCAGCUGGUUGGGCUCCAAUUGCAACGUAUGGUGUACUUCCUCAUGCUUGUGACAAUCCCCAUUGGGAUUUGCUGGCUUGGUGCUGAAAAGAUCUUGGAGAAGAUCGUGCCCGAACGGCAAUCUGCACAGCUUGCGGGACUCUAUCUGCGUGUUUUGCUGAUUGGAGCUCCUGGCUAUGCCUGUUUCGAAGCAGGGAAGCGUUUUGUGCAAUCCCAGGGACUAUUUUCUGCAACCACUUACGUCCUUCUUAUCUGUGCUCCAUUGAAUGCCUUCAUGAAUUGGCUAUUCGUGUGGCAUUUCAAAUGGGGGUUCAUCGGGGCCCCAAUCGCUGUAGCUGUUACCGAUAAUCUUUUACCCCUAUUCCUCUUCCUCUAUGUUUGGCUCAUUGACGGCCAUCAGUGCUGGAAUGGCUUCACAACGAAAGCCUUCCAUAAUUGGGGACCCAUGAUUAAACUUGCUCUUCCAGGACUUCUCAUGGUAGAAACCGAAUUUCUGGCAUUCGAGAUACUUACCUUGGCAUCAAGCUAUUUCUCCACUACCCAUCUAGCAGCACAGAGCGUCCUACAGACCAUAUCAGCUCUGACAUUCCAAAUCCCCUUCCCUAUCUCUAUAGUUACAUCAACUCGCGUUGCCAAUCUCAUCGGUGCAACGCUCUCUGAUGCCGCAAAGACGAGUGCAAAAGUGGCAGUAAUAAUAGCCACCAUCGUUGGUAUCCUCAACAUCAUCCUCCUCUCCACCCUCCGCCACCACAUCGCCCAACUCUUCACCAACGACCCCGCCGUCAUCGCACUCGUGUCCGCAGUCCUCCCCGUCUGCGCCGCCAUGCAACUCUUCGACGCCCUAGCAUGCACCUGCAACGGCGUCCUCCGCGGCCUAGGCCAGCAGGAAAUUGGGGGGUAUGUAAACCUGUUCUGCUACUAUGUUAUUGCGAUGCCGAUCAGUUUUGGGACGGCGUUUGGGCUGGGCUGGGAGUUGCAGGGUCUGUGGAGUGGUGUUGUUUUUGCCCUAGGGUUGGUAACGGUUGCGGAGGGUUUGUAUUUGUGGAGGACGGAUUGGAGGAAGGCCGUUGCGGAUGCCGAGAUUAGGAAUAAUGCGGCGUAG